CAGACAAACGUGGAAAGCAGAGCAGCUCACACGGUGACGGGCUGGAGAACAGAGGCUUCACCUCGUGGAGAAAGGAGAAGGAAAAUCCAAAGAGAGCAAGAGGUGUUUGCUAUAAAGAAAGGUAAGGGCUGAAACACUUUCCUGUUUAACUUACUGACUCAGAGGCUGUUGCUCACAAACCAACAAAGCCCACAGGCGUGGCUGGUUGAGACACACUCGUUAUACCUGACUGCUGGGACAUGUGUGGCUCGGGGAGAGGGGCAAAGUGAGGAGAAUCUGUUUGCUGUGAACUGGAAACUUGGAGAGGACAGGAGAGAACCUCCUCCACCCUGGUACUGCUCAUGGCAGGAGAGACACCCUCUUCAGACUGUUCUCCUGUCAUCGACCACAGCCACGUCCCGGAGUUUGAGGUGGCUCUGUGGGUCAAGAUCACCUUGGCCUUGAUCUACAUCUGCAUCUUCAUCGCGGGCCUCUUGGGCAACAGCGUCACCAUCAAAGUCACCAGGAUCCUGCAGAAGAAAGGCUACCUGCAGAAGGAGGUCACCGACCACAUGGUGAGCCUGGCCUGCUCCGACCUGCUGGUCAUCCUGCUGGGCAUGCCUGUGGAGUUCUUCAGUGCCAUCUGGAGCCCCUUCUCCACCCCCAAUGGCAACAUUGCCUGCAAGCUGUACUACUUCCUCUUCGAGGCCUGCAGCUACGCCACGGUGCUGCACGUGGCCACGCUCAGCUUCGAGCGGUACGUGGCCAUCUGCCACCCCUUCAGGUUCAAGGCCGUGUCCGGGCCCCGCACGGUGAAGCUGCUCAUUGCCUUCGUCUGGGGGACAUCUGUCAUUGUGGCUCUGCCCCUGCUCUUUGCCAUGGGCACGGAAUAUCCCCUGGAGGCCAUCGAGGGCUACCAGAGAACGAGCUCCUGUGUCAAGCCCACUCCCAGGCACUACAUCCCUGAGCUGAAGCACAACAUGACCAUCUGCACCUGCCUCUCCUCCAGGUGGUCGCUGUUCCAGGCCAGCAUCUUCAGCGCCUUCGCUGUGUACAUCGUCGUGCUGGGCUGUGUCACCUUCAUGUGCCACAGCAUGAUGAAAGCCCUGAUGAUCCACAAGAAGGGCACUGUGGCAGUGAAGGGUGGAGUGAAGCACCAGGAGCAGUACCUGAGGAAAAGUGAGAGUUCAGAGGGCAAGAGCUCCAGGAGACAGAUCACUUUAUUCCUGGGACUGAUCAUCGCCACUCUGGCGGUGUGCUGGAUGCCCAACCAGGUCAGGAGGAUCAUGGCAGCCGCCAAACCCAAGCAGGACUGGACCUACCCCUACUUCCAAGCCUACAUGACCCUCCUCCCCAUCGCCGACAUCUUCUUCUACCUCAGCUCGGUGGUGAACCCGCUGCUGUACAACAUCUCCUCGCAGCAGUUCCGCAGCGUGUUCCUGCAGGUGCUGUGCUGCCGCCUCACGCUGCAGCACGCCAACAGGGAGCGGUUCCUCAGGGCCAACCAGAGCUCCGCGGCGCGCAGCAGCCGCUCCCUGCGCCCGCUGCUCUUCCUGUCCUCCAGGCGCGGCUCUUCCGCCAAGGGCAACGCCAAAGUUUUCCUGAGCACCUUCCAGAAGGAGCCCACGCCCGGCUGCAGCCCACAGGAGACGGGUUCUGCACCCUCAGAUCCCAGCCUGGAACCCCUCGGGAGCGGCUCAGAGCCUGCUCAGAACGGCCUCUGUGAACACCAAGUGUGACCUCAUAAGGCAAAGUUACUGCUUAGCAAUGAGCUUAAAAAGGUGGAAAUUGAAAUGACCCAGGAAAGGGACAACAUGAGAAAAGGAAUAACGCGGAUGGGUUUGUUUCCAGUUAUGCAAAAGGAACAGGAGUUCCGUGUCCUGCUGGGAUUUUUAAGUGCACACAGGAAAUUCAAUCUGCUAAAUGAACUCAUUAGCCGACAAAAAUAUCAGCCCCUCUUCUCCACACAACCACUGAACUUCCCUUGCUCUUGACAGGGAUUUGGAAACAAACAGAAAAUAAUUGCAGCGUCUUUGAAGAAAGAGGGAUGCGGAACAAAUUGCGUCAGGGAGAAAAAACCAAACCAAACAAGCCAACUUGCUUGAAGUUUAGCAGUACGAAAACAACAGAGCCAAUUUAAGGAGCAGAAGAGUGGUUACGAUGUGUGCCCUGGGCACCGCAGCAGAGUUGCCCCUCUUCUUGGGGCGGGGUCCAUUGCAGAGGGGGGUGUUGCAGCAGCUGAUGCAGACGGAGUUGACCUUGCCAGGGGAGCAGAAGGACUGGUAGCCGGCGGAGGCGAUCAGGCACGCGGCCGAGGAGGCGCAGGACUUGCGGUACAUGAUCCCUGCGACACACAACAAGGGUUACUGCGUUUGAGGGGAACACCUCACAGCGGGAUUCCUGCCCUAAAGCAGCUGCCAAGCCAGCUCUCGGUGCCCCACAGCACUGCUGGUGCUCAGGACAGACACCCCAGCAGUGACAGGACAAACAGCCCUGCGCUGCCGAGCACCGCGGGCGCUCCAACCAGGAUUGCUCUGUACUUCAGUCCUGGUUGGAACCAAAAAUAUGACAGACUUAAUUUGCAUAAUGUAUAUCAAAUGGUGCAUUUUAUAGCUGGAAUUCUUCAUCUUUCAGAAUAAACCGUUUGAAUAGCUAUAACUGAAA